AUGGCUUUUAAUCGGCAAAUCGAACCCGCUCCAUUCGAGGUAGCAUUGCGACCGGAGCAUAUCAGCGAGUUCGAGCGUCGGCUGUAUCUCCAACCGCGGUACGACGCGAACGCCAUCGACGAGUAUGUUGUCAAGUUUGAUAGCGACGACACAACGCUCAUUACUGCCAGUGGCCCUAAGUACGAUAAAAAAGGCGUGAGAGAUAUCCGUGACGCUUCAGGGCUUCCAUUAUUCGAAUGUGAAAAAAUCUGGGCACCCGCGUGGCGCAAGCGAGGACCCUGGAUUAUUCGAUUACCAGGUAGCAGUGGCAGUAGCAAAGCCGGAGAUAAAGCCUCAGAAAUCGCAAAUACCCAUAGAACGAAUGCCUAUGGGGUCAAUAGGUUUGACAUGACAUUUCGCAAUGCUGCAGCGCGAGACCUGAAGGGAGAAUCUGAGGCAAUGGUCACACUGCAUAUUCGGUCUACGAAUGCAUUGUUUUGUAACUGGAUUGUCUCGCUGGGUGAUAGGAUUGUUGUCCAUAUUCGAGAAAGCGUCGACAGAAACAAGCAUCAGGACCCAACUGGUCGAUUUAUCAGCAGCGUACCAGUACAGAGGGAGGUGUACAAGCGAUUAACGCUAGAUGUGAUCGUGGCUGAAAGUUUUGAUCUAUCUUUGGCUGGUCUAAUCGCCAUCAUGGUGUCAGACAUGACAUUCUCUAUGCAGAACUAG